AUGAGCCUUUCCCUCAAGGAGGAGUCGUGGAUAUGGUACUCGCUCGUCAUCUUCGUGGCCGCCGCCCGCUUUGCUUCGCGCAUCCUGCUGUUUCGCGGCGACCUGCGGAAGCUUCAGAUCGACGACUUCAUCAUAGCCCUAGCCCUCUGCUCGUACACGACUUUAAUUGUAACCAUCAACAUCGUCGCCUUCACCGAAAGCAACCUCCUGCCUCCCGGAUUCGACAUGGACUCUUUGACGCCCCCCAAUGUUGCCGAGCGAAGGUUCGGCAGCAAACUGGUGCUCGUCGUUGAGCAGUGCCAAUGCGUGACCAUUUGGGCGGUCAAGGCGUGCCUUCUGAUCAUGUACUAUCGCCUCACCAUUGCCCUAAAGGAAAACAUUGCGGUGAAAAUACUCUCCAUCUACGUCGCCUUUGGUUUCAUUUUCAUGGAGAUCUUCUACUUUGGCGUGUGGUGUCGGCCUUUCCCCAACUACUGGGCUGUUCCGACCCCAAACACGCAGUGCAACGCCGCGACGAAUCACCUCAUCACGAAUGCCGUCUUCAACAUUUCCUCGGAUCUGUUCCUCCUCGUUCUCGCCCUCCAGAUGAUCAUCCGGAGCCGUCUCCCCAUGCACCGGAAAUUGGUUGUCAGCCUGAUCUUUGGCAUUGCCGUCUUUGUGAUCCUUGCAUCGAUACUAAACAAGUACUACUCGUUCACAAACCCGUUUGGGGGCUUGUGGACGUAUUGGUACACCCGAGAAAGUAGCACAUCGCUCCUCGUGGCCAACCUCCCGUACACGUGGACGCUUCUCAGGCGCCUGUUCAACCUAAGAUCGUUCGACGGCCGGUCGUCAGGCACAGGGACCGCGACAGAGAAUGGAAGCCGCUUCAAUUACCACUCAAACCGCACGGCUCGCGGUCGCCACGCAUCUGUCCAGCCUAGCAUGCUCAACGGCGAGCCAGUGUCGUCGCCACCAUCUGCAUUAACGACACCUAACGGAAAGCUUCUGCGCCGGUCAGAUAGCCACACGGUCACCACACGCGGCUCGGUGGAUUACGCCAACCGUCGCCACAGCGGUGCCCCAACGAUGGGCGCUUCAAGCACUCUUGACAGCAGUCGCAGCUCGGCCGCGCGCUCCGACAAGCUGCUCCUCAAAACCUAUCCUCACAACCACGAAGUAUACGGGCGCGCCGACCAAGAGGCACUGAGCGUCGAGCCUUGGGAUUUCGGCAUAGACCUAGGCGGCAGCGUCGCGGAGGAGGCGGAAGAAGAGGAGGGAGCAUACAGGGAUCACACGAAGGACCGUGAGAAGCUGUUCAAGGACGCGUACAUGGACAUUGAUCCCGCAAGACUGGGGCUCGACAGCGCCCACAGGGAGGCGGCAGACCUCCGCGAAUUCGAGCGCGCCAUGCUUCGGGGUGACGCGUGGGACGAGGAAGCUGCGAUUGGCGGCGGCGAGGCCGCGAUGGCAGCUUCUGCGCCUGUGCCCCAUCUUUCGGGAUCACGGCCGUCGAGCCGACCUGGAAGUUCAGAUCGAUCGACCACUACGGUCAAGUCACCGAGCUCACCGACGAAGAGUCUGCUGAAGGAGUAG